AUGUCGUAUCUCCCCACACAGAUGUCGACAUACGCCAGGUUUCUGACAGCGGCCAACUCGUCUAACACGGGGCUUCUAACAGACCCCGACACCCCAACGGACACCGGGCUUCUAACAGACACGGGGUUUCUAACAGACGCAGACACCCCAACAGACACCGGGCUUCUAACAGACCCCGACACCCCAACAGACACCGGGCUUCUAACAGACCCCGACACCCCAACAGACACGGGGCUUCUAACAGACCCCGACACCCCAACAGACACCGGGCUUCUAACAGACCCCGACACCCCAACAGACACCGGGCUUCUAACGGACCCCGACACCCCAACAGACACCGGGCUUCUAACAGACCCCGACACCCCAACAGACACCGGGCUUCUAACAGACCCCGACACCCCAACAGACACCGGGCUUCUAACAUACCCCGACACCCCAACAGACACGGGGCUUCUAACAGACGCAGGCACCCCGACAGACACGGGGCUUCUAACAGACGCAGACGCUCCAACAGACACCGGGCUUCUAACAGACCCCGACACCCCAACAGACACCGGGCUUCUAACGGACGUAGAUACCCCAACAGACACCGGGCUUCUAACAGACCCCGACACCCCAACAGACACCGGACUUCUAACAGACCCCGACACCCCAACAGACACGGGGCUUCUAACUCACCCCGACACCCCAACAGACACCGGGCUUCUAACAGACCCCGACACCCCAACAGACACGGGGCUUCUAACAGACCCCGACACCCCAACAGACACCGGGCUUCUAACAGACCCCGACACCCCAACAGACACCGGGCUUCUAACGGACCCCGACACCCCAACAGACACCGGGCUUCUAACAGACCCCGACACCCCAACAGACACCGGGCUUCUAACAGACCCCGACACCCCAACAGACACCGGGCUUCUAACAUACCCCGACACCCCAACAGACACGGGGCUUCUAACAGACGCAGGCACCCCGACAGACACGGGGCUUCUAACAGACGCAGACGCUCCAACAGACACCGGGCUUCUAACAGACCCCGACACCCCAACAGACACCGGGCUUCUAACGGACGUAGAUACCCCAACAGACACCGGGCUUCUAACAGACCCCGACACCCCAACAGACACCGGACUUCUAACAGACCCCGACACCCCAACAGACACGGGGCUUCUAACAGACGCAGACGCCCCAACAGACACCGGGCUUCUAACAGACCCCGACACCCCAACAGACACGGGGCUUCUAACAGACGCAGACGCUCCAACAGACACCGGGCUUCUAACAGACGCAGACGCUCCAACAGACACCGGGCUUCUAACAGACGCAGGCACCCCCACAGACACGGGGCUUCUAACAGACGCAGACGCUCCAGCAGACACCGGGCUUCUAACAAACGCAGGCACCCCAACAGGCACGGGGCUUCUAACAGACUCUGACACCCUAACAGACACGGGGCUUCGAACAGACAAAGACGCUCCAACAGACACCAGGCUUCUUACAGACACAGACACCCCCACAUACGCCGGGCUUCAAACAGACGCAGAUACUCCAAUAGACAUAGGGCGUCCAACAGACACGGGGCUUCUAACAGACGCAGACACCACAACAGACACCGGGAAUGAUCCACAUUUAGGAACCAUUUAA